UCUGGAUUAAUAAUAGGUCUCAGGAUUGGGACUGGCUGAGUUGUAACGGCCAGAGAACGCGACACGGCUUGCGCAGCGCGCGAAGAAAAAGGAGCAACUUGUCGACGUAAGUCAAGUCGAACUCAAAAAGCUGCAUCGUCGUAUAUCUGAAUUGGAAAAUUGAACGGUUUGGAAAUGUCGUCUGGCAAGGAAACAGGUCUCGGGGCUACUAGAAGCCUGCUGGAUGCGGUUGAACACUUGGAAUUGGUUGCCUUUAUUCCGGCCAAGCAGCGCCACACAGACGCCAGCCAGCUUGCCAAAACAAUCGCCUCAGACGCGUACGAGAGCGGGAUUUCCCAUGUCAUUCUCGAGCGUCUAUUAAAGAUCCUCACAUCAAGCACAAACCUUGACCAAAGCACCACCACAGCCUUAAUCAAAAACCUCUACCCCCUGGAACCCGUUUCAUCCAAAGUCAUCACGCAAGUGGUAUGCUCUCUCGGGCCCAGCAAAAACAAGCCCACGCCAGCGACUCAGGUCUUGCUUCUGCGAUGGUUGCUGCUGGUGUAUGAUUUUUUGGAAGAUCGGACGCAUUUGUCAAAACUCUACGCGGUGCUUUUUAAUUAUCUGGAUAUGAUCAGUCUGCGGAAACCGCUGUGUCAUUUGCUUUCGAUUAUUACCCGACGGAAGCAUGUGAAACCCUUUCGGAUACAAGCGCUCAUGGAGCUGCUUAGAAACACGGGUGGGGAGGAGAAGGAGCUUGUCAGCUUGCUUAGGGUGUUUAAAAAUUACUACCCUGAUAUUAUUGUGGGGGAUUUGGGGAUGAUGAGAAAGGCCGGGUUGGUCUUUAAGCACCCCGAUCCCGAGUGGACCAACCAUGCAAAACAUCUCCAGGAAACUAACGUGGAGAGGCCGCAGGCAUCGCAGCAGUCGAACUUUCAAGUGGUGCACCGUGGUCUAGUGAAGAGGAGCAAAGCGGAAAUUGUGGUCCCAGAUGUGCAGACUUCGCGAGUGCCCCAUGGCCGGACGUCGUUGGAGGAAUUACGUGAUGUUGACCAUUUCGUCGAGAGGAUCGAUAAGAUCGAGCUACCUAACCAGAUAAUAUCCACCAUGGGAGACAGAUUGGCACAGAAGUACCUGUUUCUAGUUAAGUCGGACGCUGCGAGUGCCCGGUUGAACGAUUGGCUGCUCAGUUUCCUAAAUGACAAGUUGGAGCAGAUCCGUGAUGGCGAUGAAGAUGAUCCGGAGACGCUCACUUAUAUACUUAGCCUGGCAGCUGACUAUGUUCAAUAUGCAAAGGAAAUCCCGGCUGCCAUAGUCCUCUUUGUGAAAGCGUACCUCGCCUUGUGGAAUGGCCGUGACAACAGAUACCAGAUCUUCCAUCUCCUCGAGUAUCUUGCCGUCGAUUCUUUCGACACAAUACGAGAGGAGUUCUUAACUCCCCUAGAGGUUGCUGUUCUAGACGAUACACUGGCUUCCAGGGUCGCUAUUCUCGAGUUCUACUCUUCCCUAGUCCGCCAGUGGGGCAUAAAGCUUCGCACAGAACCAUCUACAUCCACAGAAUCAAAACCCCUGAGCCGUCUCGUCAUGCACACAGAACUUCUUGCCUUAUCAAUCCUAGAAAUCCCCGCCACAACCCACGCAAUUGACAACGACACCCAAUCCAAACCAGCCAUCCUCUCUGUCCUCGACUUCUAUACCACCCUAGGCGAACUCUUCUCCUACGCCUCCCUAAAUGGCAACAUCCGCCUCACAAUUCCCCUCUCCCCAACAGUCUACACUCUAGUAUUCACCCCCAUGAGCUCCGUUAUCUCAAUAAUCAGUUCCGUCCUCGCAAACUACAAAUCUUCCUUCGAAGCGUCCCUCACCUCCGAAGUCCUGCAGUCGCAAAUACCGAACGGAACAGAAAAUCUCUACCCCACACAACUCGUCGGCCAGUUCAACGGCUAUGUCAUGGAUAUCUGCAACUUGCUCUGGCGGAACAGGGGUCUUAACACCGAGGAUCCGAAUGCAUUGGGGUGUCUCAUUCCCGCGAGCACUGUUACGCUGCUUACGCAGUACAUCCGGGAAUCGAAUGAGGUUGCUCGUGAGCGGAAGCGUGAUUCCGCAUUCCAUUAUACGCUCUCGUCCAUAUUCUCGCUCAGUCAUCACGCUGCUAUGUGUAAUAUCUCCGCUGCUUGCUUUGCGGAGAUUGAGGAUGAGAAUGGGGUUGGGGAGGGUAAGCCAAGGUUGAAGAAGCCUGUUACGCAGAAGGCGCUAAGUGCAUUAGAGAAGGGUGGUGGAGUAAAGGUUAGUUGGCAGGAGUAUAGACUACAGAUGCUGACAUGGUUGGACGCUGCGGGAAUUCGGGGGAUUGGACAUUUGAUGCGGAGCACUAUGAAGGCGUUGCGUGCAUAGCUGCAAUGUUUGUUUCUCUUGUUGCCGUGAAUGUUGCGUACAAUUCCAAAGCUGUGAGAUUGGUUCAUGGACAGCUACCAUCUUCAAUUUGAUGGCAUGUAUCAUUCCAUACCUGCUGAAACAAUCAGUACAAAACUGGGAACUUCUUCAAGUGAACAAGCAACCGCAAUUGAGAAUUCAUCACAUUCUGUUGUAGUAAAUAAAAUAUACUAGGGGCCUGUGGGCACAAUGGCAGUGAUGUCCCUCUUUUGAGACGAG